AUGGCAUUAUAUGGAGUAAUGAAAGGGAUGCUAUACCUUUUGUUAGUCAUCAUUGGCAUUCCUGGGAAUCUGACUGUGUUGGCUGCCUUUUCCAUGUUAGCCAUGAUUGGAAACAAGUUACUGUUAACAGAAGUAGUAAUAUGUAGCAUUGCACUAGUCAGCAUGGUCCUGUCAUUAACCCGAGGUCUUCCUGUAACUAUGUAUGUGCUGUUCGAACUGAAAGAUAUUUAUACUGAUAUUGGCUGCAAAUUUAUAGUUUAUCUUGCCAGAGUUUCAAGGGGCUUAGCUAUUGGGCAGACAUGUGUUCUUGUUUGUAUACAGUGUAUAUUUGUUGCCCCAAACAACACAUUUUUAUCUUCAUUAAAACAUAACUUAGCAGGAUAUGUCAUCAAAGGUUGUGCAUUAGUUUUGCUGUCAAAUAUAAUGCUAGAAAUAAGUUCCUUGACAUAUACAGUAUCAAAACUAAACUCCACAUUCCAGGAGUACACUUUCAAUUUUGGCUACUGUAUAAUUGUUGUCCCUGAUUAUGUUUCUUACUUGGCUGUACCUUUUAGUUUUCUUAUUCGAGAUCUCAUACUGGUAAUUCUGAUGUCAAUUUCAAGUGGUUAUAUUUUGCUGAUAUUAUUUAAGCACAAGAAACAAGUAAGCAGAAUAAAAAGAAAGAAAGGUGAGCAAAAGAUGGCGACAGAGAUGAGAGCUGCAAAAGUUGUUGUUACUUUAGUUACUCUAUACAUAUUUUUCUUUGGUUUUGAAAACACAAUUUUUCUGUACCAGAUUAUUGCAUCUACCCAUAUUCAUCCAAUCAUUUCAGAUGUUCGACAUUUCUUUUCUGUUUGUUAUGCCUCAGUAUUUCCAGCUGUAAUUAUUUUGUCUAAUUCCAGAAUAAAGAGUGUACUGAAAUGUUAUCUUAUAAGCAAAAAAAGAAUCCUGGUUAAUGCAUUACAACAUAAUACAGUCCAAUGA